UUGUGUUAGAUAAAUAUCUUUUUAUUCAUACCCCCUUUAACUCUUCACUGUCUAUCUAAACUACCUUAUUUUAAUUAUAUUUUAGUGUUGAGGAAAAUGCAAGAGCAAGCGACAAGUUCCAUUGCAGCUAGUUCUAUACCUUCAAGUAGUGAGAGAUCUUCUAGCUCAGCUCUCCAUCUUGAAGUCAAAGAAGGUAUGGAGAGUGAUGAUGAGAUAAGAAGAGUGCCGGAGAUGGGUGGAGAAGCCACGGGAACCACAUCUGCUUCUGGCAGAGAUGGCACUUCCACUGCCGGUCAACCUCAACCAUCAUCAGCUGCUGGCACUCAAAGGAAGAGAGGAAGAAGUCCUGCUGACAAAGAAAACAAGAGGUUAAAAAGGUUGCUGAGAAAUAGAGUAUCAGCACAGCAAGCAAGGGAGAGGAAGAAAGCAUACUUAAUAGAUCUGGAAGCAAGGGUGAAAGAAUGGGAAACAAAGAAUGCAGAACUUGAAGAGAGGUUGUCCACUUUGCAAAACGAGAACCAAAUGCUUAGACAUUGAUGUCUCAUUAAUUAUUGUUUAACAUUGAGGAGGAGGAUGAGCAACUAACACUGCGCUAUGACUUCAGCCUCCUGAAGUAAUUACAUUUAGUACUAGGAAACUGACUCAUGCAAUGGCGGAGCUAGGGGCGCAAGGGGGUUCAUCCAAGCCUCCUUUGCCAAAAAUUACAUUGUAUAUACAAGGUCAAAAUUAUUUUCUAUGUAUAUAUAGUAGACUUUGAAUUCCGUAGGCAUCUUCAUGUGUUCACUUUUUUAUAUUUUGAAUCCCCUUACUGAAAAUCCUGACUCCGCCACUAGACUCAUGCUUUUGGAAAGUGCAGAUAUUACUUAUGUACAGCUGUUAAGGGCUUGUGUUCAUGAAUAAUAUAUACCAGUUUCUGAUCCUGUAAAUUUCAAUCUUGAGCGUGUGUUGUAUCUAUACACAUUAUUCAGCCUGGUUUUAAGUUACAAGGCAUUGCUGUUUCAUAUUAACCCUUUCUUAAUACACUUUGUGUCUCUUGCCAGUUAGAUUGAUUCUUAUUUAAUCUUCUGGGCUUAUUUCUGCUCUCUUUCAAGUUAACUGGGGUUUGCAGAUUUAAUAAAACUAUGAGUUGAGUCUUGCCCUUGCUGAAUAUCAAUACAGACAUCAUAGAAAUUGCGAUAAUUGCACCUAAAUUCCAUGCAAGUCGGGCUCGGCUAUGUGAAUUCUGUCUAUGUCGCUCCAUAUAAACCAAUCUCAGUCAUCCUCUUUUGUACUGCUACAGAAAUCAAUACUUCUGUUAAGUUCCAUAGUUGUGCUUAAUAAACUUCAGUUUCAACAAGAGAAGAAAAUGGUGUAUAUUUGGGGUUUGACUUCUUUUGUUAU